AUGGCUGAGUGUGACAUCAUAAAUCGGUGCAUAGUAGUAGACUGUGGAAAUAAUAAAAAGAACGUGCAAGACGUGAUGAAUUUGAUUGAACUUGCCGGUGAAGUGGAUUAUGUAGUGAGGUCUCCAACAGAAGAAUCACCUCUUCUUGUUGUAAAAUACGUUAAACUUGAAUCAGUCCAAACUGCUCUUCUGUUUGACAAAGGUGUCAUAGAAAGCAACUUUGUAAAAAUACGAAGAGCGACGUAUGACGACAUUUCUGAAAAGAAGACAACGAAUUCGAAUGUAUUUGAUGACGAGAAAGAAGGUGAACUUGUUGAAAAGAAUGGAAGUGGGUUUACCACGGGAUGUGUUAACCUUGCAUUACAGUAUGUAUCCUUUGUGGACAGUGUUGCAGAUAAUGGAAUUUCAUUCUUCAAAAAACUGGUGAGCAAACCUCCAAUUGUGAAGAAGAAAACGGACGAAAACAAGUCUCCCAACCCCUCCGAAAAGCACACAAGCGAGUUUAAGAAAAAGAAAAGUUCGAAAACAAAGACACAAGAAACGCAACCACUUCUAGGAACGCCUUUGUAA